CCAAUCCUCGUGCAUGUGAAAAAGGUUGUGUCAAUUCAAACAGUUUUAUCCUAAAGUUGAUUGUUAAAAGCGAGCCAUGUCUGCGAUAAGUUUGCUGAAUCCCAAGGCUGAGUUCGCCAGGGCGGCUCAGGCGCUGGCCAUCAACAUAUCCGCGGCCAAGGGUAUCCAAGAAGUCAUGAAGACAAACCUCGGGCCCAAGGGUACCAUGAAAAUGCUUGUGUCGGGAUCGGGAGAUAUCAAAAUUACCAAGGAUGGCAAUGUUCUACUUCACGAAAUGCAGAUCCAACAUCCUACAGCGUCCUUGAUCGCAAGAGCAUCGACAGCUCAGAACGACAUGACCGGCGAUGGAACAACCAGCACAGUCCUGCUUAUAGGAGAACUACUGAAACAGGCAGACGUGUACAUUUCCGAGGGUCUCCACCCGAGAGUUGUCACGGAAGGUUUCGACCAGGCCAAAACUAAAACUCUCGAAGUCUUGGACAGUAUGAAGUUGCCCAUCGAACCCACCAAGGAGGCCCUUCUCUCCGUCGCGAAAACUGCCCUCAAGACUAAAAUUCAUCCUGUUCUCGCCGAAAAUCUCACGGAGAUUUGCACCGAUGCUGUUCUUCACAUCAGACAGCCAGAUCAGCAGAUUGACCUGCACAUGGUUGAAAUCAUGGAGAUGCAGCACAAAACAGCGGCCGACACAAUUCUCAUCAAAGGGCUCGUGAUGGAUCAUGGCUCUAGGCAUCCAGAUAUGCCAAAAAAACUCGAAAAUGCUUACAUAUUGACUUGCAACGUCAGUAUGGAGUACGAAAAGAGCGAGGUGAACAGUGGCUUCUUCUACAAAACAGCCGAGGAGCGCGAAAAGUUGGUCAGUGCUGAACGGGAAUUUAUAGACAAUAGGGUGAAGAAAGUCAUUGAAUUGAAGAGAAAACUUUGCAACAAUAACGACAAGAGCUUUGUUGUAAUCAACCAAAAGGGCAUUGACCCACCAUCCCUGGACAUGCUUGCCAAAGAAGGAAUUAUGGCUCUCAGGCGAGCCAAAAGGAGAAACAUGGAGCGAUUGAGCCUUGCGUGCGGUGGGCAAGCUGUGAACUCAUUUGACGAUUUACAAGAGGAGCAUUUGGGCUAUGCUGGUGUCGUCUACGAACACGUUUUGGGAGAAAACAAAUUUACAUUUGUGGAAGACUGUAAGAAGCCCAAUUCCGUAACUAUAUUGUUGAAAGGACCAAACAAAUACACGCUGGUUCAGCUAAAAGAUGCUGUUUACGAUGGAUUAAGAGCAAUCAAGAAUGCCAUAGAGGAUGGUGCAGUGAUUCCAGGAGCUGGAGCAUUCGAAGUAACUGCUUACCAAGCUCUCCAGAAGUACAAAGAACAAGUUAAAGGAAAGCAGCGUCUUGGCGUCCAAGCUUUUGCAGAAGCUCUACUUAUAAUCCCAAAAACGCUGGCCGUCAACAGUGGAUUUGAUACUCAAGACACAAUCGUUAAACUGCAAGAAGAAACAAUUAGUUUGAAUCAGCCUGUGGGAUUAGACAUUUCUUCCGGAGAAGCUCUAGACCCUACAGCAGCUGGCAUCUUUGAUAAUUAUGUAGUAAAGAAGCAAAUUGUCAACUCCUGCACGGUCAUUGCCAGCAAUCUUCUUCUCGUGGAUGAAAUUAUGAGAGCUGGAUUAUCAUCGUUGAAAGGCUAAUUAUCAAGUAUUGAAAAUUUUCAACUCUAUCAAAUGUGCUUUAUCAUAUUUUUACUGUAUUUGUACGUUGAACGCUCGAAAAUAAAAAAUAUUUCUACGCAUUACCAUACGCAUUUUUACGAUUUUACUGAAAUAAAAGUCUGUGGCCUUUA